AAAACUUAUAACUGUGGACAACCAAACUUCUUGUUCACCGUUGAGGAAGGAAUGCAGUGCGAUGAAUGUAAAAAGUGAUACCAUAAGAUGUGUACACGUCUAAGUCCUACGGCAUACAAAAGAUGCUCGAAGCCUAACUCGCAUUGGCUUUGUAUUUUUUGCUGUACAAAUAGGAAGUUACUAAUCCACAAGGCUAUGAGCCUAUUGGCUUUAGCCUGUAAGAAAAACGAUGGCUGUUGCGCUGAUAACACGAGCACUGACGGUGAAGAAUGUGUCAGUGUAGUACGUGUUGCUACCGGACCCGUUAAACAUCCGACUGUGAUUGACGGGAAAGUGAAAUCUCCGUUAACAUUAACGAGGAGUGAAGUGCCGAUUGAUAUUGACAUUGGUAAUCAUACACCUUCAGUGGAAAUUGAAGACCCGGAUAAAACUGUUACCGUUCCAAAUAGUCCCGGCGUGGCUGUACUGAGUGAUGAUAAAUGGACUUCAGUACGGAGAGAAAGAGAUGAGAAGAAAAAAGCUGUAGGCGAAAAGCAUCUGGUUAUCAAGUCAUUGGAAGAGACGGUAUGAGAAACAAAAACUCCACUGCGUGUUAAGACAGACCUCUCUGAGUGGUCAGUCAUUUUUCAUAAGUUAAGAGAAUCUUCAGAUAAGGAACCAAAGGCUAGAUUUGAACACGACCUCAGUCAUAUUAAGUCCUUAAUAAGCAAACUACUCCCAGAUACAGUUUCAGGAGUUGGUACUUGUAAGCUUUACAGAAUAGGACAAAAAGUGGAUUCUGAAAGUCCUCAGAGAAGCCGCCUCUUGAAAGUUACAUUUUCCACGGUUGAAAAAGGAACCUGAUCCUAGGUAACUCACGUAAACUGAUUGGAUCCGGAAUAUACUUCCGUGAGGAUCUCAGCCUAGCCGAGCGUAUUAAGAGACGAACUGCAGAAGUGGAAAUAGAUGAGCGUCGCCAAAACGGUGAAGGCAACCUCGU